CCUGGGGGUAACCGGCAGUCAAGGUCCGAUUUGGGUGCAAAUACGGGGGUCGGAGUAUCGAAGUAUAUUAGCACUCUAGUAUCCCAUAGGAUAGUCAACUGAGACUCUCGCUCUUGUAUAUAGGAAUACACUGAAGAGUAAGGGAAGCAGUAUCGUGGAUGGCGAGUCGGAUCUCGAAUCUUUAAUGACGGUUCCCUAAGCUGUGAAAUUUUAUGAAUUCAGGGAGAGUCGGAUUGGACCCAGUGAUCCGCAAGUUAGUCUGACUGGAGAUCGGCGGCCGAGCUGCGAUGCAGUUCCCACUUUCAUAUUCCGAGUCCUCUUCGCAACACCACUGUUUUCUGUGAGUUGUACCCAAUCGAGAUCCAAGUAAGCAAGGCAUACAGUGGCAGAGACGAUGCGCAUUCCUGGCGGGGAUGUUGACAAAUCGAACAUAAUGAUAAGCUAUCUGACAGCAUCUUAUUUCUGAAAAUGGUGGGUGUUUCUUGUGGCCUCAUAGGGUCCGAUCAUGUCUUCUCGGAGCCAGUCCAAUGGGCGAGCGCCGAACUGUUACGGCCGGGUGUCAGUAGUGGCAAGUAGAAAACGCCGCUGGGCUUGGCAUGGAGGGCGAAAAAAAUUGAACAGGAGAACGUCAGCCGAGACUAGAAGACAAUCAUUAAUACCACGGACCUGCCUGAUAAACCUGAUUGUUGCAGGGUCUUGGUCAAAUUCUUGUCAAGUGAAACAUAACGUCUUGGUAUAGUUGACAGGGGUUGUGGAUACUGGAUUAAUUAUACUCACUGAGGAUCCCGCGAUCGUCCAAACCUUUGUUCUCGACUCUACUCCUAGCGAUCAAGCGUUCGAGAGGUCUCCCCUAUUUCAGCGAUUCCGCCAUGUCCUAAACCUUACAACGUCCUCCCACCUUAACGAGCACUCCAUCAACAACCAAACAGGCCGCUGUGCUAUCCAUCGCCGACUCCUGAAUCGCCUCUCCCCCAGAUUCGCGCCGUCGCCACCAUUGCCACGCAGAUGGAGGAAGGCACCGUCUCCGGAUUACCCUCCGAACCACCACCACUCCCCUACUCGUUGCAUACUCGGAAGAAGGCGAUCGCUAUCUUUUGGACAAUCUUCGUGAUCGAUACUUUGGGUCAACCAUUGAUCUUGUACUGGACAUUAUGGUACCUCACCGAUCUUUCGCAUAAUUUGGUCUUUUCCAUUGUCACCGCGUGUUUGGGUGGUGUAUCCGUGUUCGAAUAUUUCUACCGAUUAUACAACCUCUUCCGCAAAAAAUCGCGCGCCCGACCUUUGAACGCCAAGGGAUCAUGGCUGGACUUUUUCCAUAUCAACUUCACCAUCGUGUGGCUGAUUCUAGCGAUUGAGCUCAUUGUUGGAACCGUACCUGCCGAACCUUACGUGCGCCUCGUCGCCAUGGUUCUCCCGACAGUCAUGUUCUACUUCGGAAUCGUCCACCUUACCCUCGACGUCCUCCGCAUGAUGGGCUACAAAGCGCCCUUCCGAAUCUCCUCUACGCCGAAAGGAUCCGUGAUGCCGACGGCACUAUAUGCGCUGAUCGAAGAUGUGGUGGCGGUCGAUGGAGGUGGAGGUCAGAUGUAUCGAUAUGCGUUGCGGACCCGAUAUCUCUCCAGUCCAUACUUCCGACGAAUGCUUUUUGAAAUGAAUUGCUUCUGGAGCGGGGGGUCGAUCAUCUUUGCCGCAGUCUUCACUGCCAUCAUCUUCACUGUUUCGGAACCCGUUGCAUUCACCCUGGGCUGGACCCUACCAUUUGCUUGGGCUGGUGUAUGGACGUUGAUCACCAUCCCAUGGGUUCAAAGUGACCUUCGUCGUGAGAAAAAAGCCUGGGCCGAGAAUCGCGGGCAGGGCGGCAUUCAAUACGUCGACGACAUUACUGCACCCACCGCGCGCACCCGUUUCGCAUCGGUCCAAGAAUCUUUCCUACCCUGGGUUCAAAAGCAGGCUGAUCCGUCAGCGCCAUUCGCCGAGGGUGCUGUGGGAACUAGCCAAAAGGCUGAAAGUGUGCCUGACAGCACCCCGGAUGCUACCCCGGCGGCCAACUCACCUGGCCCUGCGAGCACCACACUCGAAGGUGGAGAUCAGACAAUCCGCAACUCCAGAGAAACACCGGGUAUCUCCACAACUGAACCGGUCAACGCCUCAUCCACUGACGAAAAGAAAUAAUCCCUGCCAUAUCUUGUACUAUUAUUAUUCAUGACUUUAUGAUACCGUUUCGCGAUUUCUGAUGGACCACCUGCGUGAAAAAUUUUGAUUGAAAGGGCUCUUGUUCUUCUAUAACGAAGUUUUCUUGGGUACUUGAGCGUUCUG